GAAAAAGAGAAAAUGGGAAGGAAGAUGGAGGGGAGGAAGGAUGAGAGUGAAAUGACUGAGGAGGAGAAAAGAACCCGAACAGGCUUCUUCCUCGGCACCGAUGAAUGGUUCACUCAGCAAGCGGAGAGCAUGAGUGAAGCGAUCCUAUCACCGGUGUUGUCCAACAUCCUUCUAUCUGAUAAUCUCAACCCAUGCAUCGCCGACGUCAAGAUUGGAAACAUCGGGCGCAGAAAGGGAAGAGAUGAUGAGGGAAAUAACCAAAGCGGCACCGAAUUUGAUGUGUAUUGUUUUGGAGUUAUUUUGAUAAAGUUGUUGACAGGAACACAGGGGAUGAAGGAGAGUGUGAAGCGCGAGGAAGUUGGCGAAGGAAGGGGUUGGGAUAUUGAGGUGUUAGACUUGAGGGUUUUUCUUAUCGAAUUCGGAUGGCCAGAUCUGGGUUUUUCUUCCUCUCCAAAACAAACCCAGAUUUGGGUUUGAACAGGGCACGAGUGAUCAAGGUGAAGGGGAAGAAAAUAAGGGUAUAGAUCUGGUUUUGUUCUUUUGCUUAUUUUGUGUUUUCUAUGUGUAUUUUCUGAGUUGAUUAAGUGGUUUUCGUGUUGAUUAUUUUCGAGAUUAGAUCUGCAGUUGGCUUUGGCUUGUAUGUAAUUUGGCUCGAAUUGCUUUUUUUCUAGAAAUUCUUUACUCUUUUUAAUCUAUGUUCCUUUUUGUUAGUUGGCUUAGGAGAUCUCGGCUUUGCUGUUUAGUAUAUUCGAGAUUAGUUUCCAUGUUAUGUGAGAAAAACCCAGAUCUGGGUUCGAGAAAAACCCAGAUUUGGGUUUGAAAGAGGAAGAAGAAAGGAGAAGAGAGAGAGAGAAAGAAUAAGAAGAAGAAGGAAGAAGGAUGAGCAAGGAAAGGAAAGGAGGAAGAAGAUGAAGUUUGCGAGAGAACCCAGAUCUGGGUUUAAGAAAAACCCAGAUCUGGG